GAUUAAAAGUUGUUAGGCUGAAUGUGUACGGAAGGAGGAAGUUGAGAGUUGUGAAUCAGAGACAGAGAAUCAGAAUUAAAACAGGUGGUGUGAAGACAGUAACAGACAGAUGGUGUGAAGACAGAGAUGAAACAUUAUGAAACACAAAUGUAUAAAUUAAAAUAAAGAUGGUGUAGUGAAAGAGGGGAGAAAAAGAGAAAAGUGGAAAACAACAAAAAGACAACAAGGAUCAGAGAAGGAUAAAAAUCGGUGUGGCUGACGACAGAGAUGAGAAAACACUGUGACUACUCUCUUCUGGUCCUCGUCCUGAUACACACAGGCACAGCCGACAGUGUGAUCUCUGUAUCUCACACACGGGACAGAGAGCAUCUGUCUAUCAGCUGUCGUCUGCGGGGGAACGACACUGUUUCUCAGAUCAACUGGGAGAUGAUCAGCAGUCCCAACCACACCACUACCAAACUGAAACUGGGCACUUUCCAUCCCGUGUUCGGGACAUACGUGGUCCCAGAGUACAACGACACUGUGGAGAUCCAGGGUAGUGCCCCCAGCCGCAGUUCCAGGCUCGACCUGAAGGGUGGCGAUGGGGAAGAGGACAGCCAACUCUGCUGUAUCUUCAUCACGUUUCCCUCUGGGGUGCUGGAGCAGUGUACACACACCAGGAUCAAUGAAAGCACUGCGGAGGCCCAGGAUUCAGAGGCUCCAGAGCGGCUGCUAGGGGAAAGAACUUUGGAACAGUGGGCCCUGUUGGUAGGAGGCUCCACCAUCAGCAUCCUGAGCAUUGUGACCUCAUUGUACUACUGCUGGAAGUACUGCUGCAGACACUGCUGUCACAGUUCCAGGAGGCGAAUGUUCGAUGUAGAGACGUAUCUGACAGAUCAACACACAGAAUCAGAGGGUGUCAAAGAGGAGCCCCCCCCAGCAACCCCCUUCCCUCACCUCCCCAGCCCCAGCCCCAGGGUUUUGACCCCUCCAAGCUCUAUGCUAAAAUCAAGCUGGACCUGCUGUAUGGACGGCUGUGGAAGGCCUACCAGGGGACGGCCACGGCCUGGGGCCCAACAACACAGCACGGGCCACAACAUGGUCCACAGCAAGUGGCAGAGCCAGGGCCACAAAAGAGGGAGGAACCGGAAGAAUCCAUUCUACAACUAGAACCUAAAUCUCAACCAGAACUAAGACCAGAACAUCAACCAACUCUGGAAGGAAGAGAGGAACCAGUGACUGAGCCUGAAACUGAG